AUGGAAUUUAUACAUGCAAACUAUAAAUUAACCCCAUUUCACAUCAUAUUUCUACUAUCAGAAUACAAAAAAGCACCAAAAAAGGCUCAUAAUAAUUCGAACCAUAUUGGCAAUAUGCUAGAAAGUCAUGAACAGAGCGAGAAUAACAAUCGCAAUUUUGCAAUGCCAGCAACUGUAAUUGAAGAAGAAGAAUACAGAGAGUCCUGACAAUAUUCCCAUCCUUUAAUGAUGACUUAA